CUACCCCACCUUCCAACUGUGCUUCAAUGCCUUUUCGAUCAUGCCUCUGAUCUUGUAAGCUUCAAUCAUAGUGACUCUGAGGACUGUCAACUUCUCCUAGGGCAGAUUACCCCCCAGUGCGCCAAACGCCAUAGCUCACUCGUUAAGCUACGGAAUUGAGUGAUUCAACUUUCAGUGGAAAGCUGACGCUGUCAGCUACAACAUAUCCGAUUUUCAGAUCGUUUCACCGAUUGGAGUUUUGGAUAUAGCUAUUCGACGGUCGCGAGUUUUCUGGGCGUCAUAACGAAGUGCUGCAGAAAUUUCCAAGGAGCCAUUGAAUCAUCUGCUUAUAGCCUUCUCUAACCAACAAGUGGUAUCAGAGCCUAUUAUCACGCAUUUGGGACCUAAAAUACGAUGGGAGAUAAAGAGGACUCUGGUGGAGGUGAUACUUCAGUCCAAGGAGGCAGCUCAACCCAAGAUUCUAGCAUUGCAGCGCAAAGGGGAGCGCGUACACGCCAGGGGUCACUGCUUAAGGAGGUGCUGAAGAACUUCACCAUUGAGAAGUUCUCUGGAGAUGGCUAUGAUGAUUGGGCAUGGAAGAUGCAGCUCUACUUUCGACAAAUUGGCCUCUUGAAGCUCAUGAUUGGAACGGAGCCAAGGCCAAAGGAAAUGGCAGAGCAAGCGGACUGGGAUGAACGUUCAUCUGCUGGGUAUUAUCUACUGUCACAAAGCUUGGAGCUGAACCAGAGGCAUCACAUCAUGCAUCUGCUACCGGAAAUUGAUUGUGGGCCCAAGGCAUGGGCAGUGCUCAAGGACCUGCACGCUCCGACAUCGGUUGCCGCUUCUCUCAUGCUGGAUCGGGAGCUGUCCAUGCUGCGGUUGAGCGAGAAUGAACCUGUGCAGCCUGUACUGGACAAGAUGAGGGAACUCUACGCGAAAUUGGCGAUUGCAGGCAUCACGUACCCAGAGCAGACAAAGUGUCUCAAGAUGCUCAGCCUGCUGCCGGAGUCUUGGCUGCAAUUUAUAAGCGGACUCAGCUUGCCACAAAACCAAAGUCAAUGGACAUUGGAGUGGAUUCGCACCAAGAUUCUGGAAGAAGAUUUUCGUCGCUAUACACUGCGCGGAGGUGAUGACAGCACCAGCGGCUAUGCCAUGCAAGGGACAUGGAGGGAUCGAGGGCGUGGCAAUCGCGGUCGCUCUUACCACAGUCAAGGUGGUCGCGGGACUUGGAACCAGCGGGGGCGUGGUGGCGCUGGUGCAAGAGGAAGAGGUGGUCACUCCAACAAUGACAACAGUGAACCACGCUUGAGGGGAGAGUGCUGGUAUUGCAAGGAAGAAGGGCAUCCAUGGUUUCGCUGCCCUACCAAGCCCGACUGGUGGACCCCUUGGAAACAAUCGCAGAAGGGGAAUGGAGGAAAGCAACCACAUGGAGGUGCCAACAUGGUAGCUGAUCCUGCUGAAGAAACCUCCAAGGAUGACAGAGGAAUGGGAAAUGAGGAGAGGAAUGCUGGACAGUUCUACCAUGUGUGUGACAAAGAUGACAGUGGCACAGCUGUUGCAAGGGCUGGAGAGGAAUUGCACCCGCUUGACAUGUGGGUCAUGGACUCUGGUGCUGCAUGGACAAUGACACCACGCAAGGACUUGCUGGAUGCUGUGCGAGCGCCUCCAAUCUCUGAAGUGCGCUCAGCAUCCGGACAUGCAGUGAAGGUCGCUGGAGUUGGUCGAGCUGCAUUCAGAGCACCUGAUGGUGGACUGGUUGUGCUGAAGGACGUGUUACUCGUACCGGGGCUGAAGGCCAAUCUGAUAUCGCUGCGCAAGCUAGGCCAGGCCGGAGUCAGCACCACCACCAAUGGAUCCAAAACAUUCAAGGGGCUGCGAGGAGAUCGUGUGUUAUGGGAUUUACACGAAAGCAGAGAUGUCUUCAGAUCCAUGUGGCAGAUCCCUGCACUCAUAUGGGAAUCAACAAAGAAGGAGUUGGGAGAAGUAAAGGCGGGAUCUGGAGUCCAGGGGGAGUGUAAUGCAGUUAGUGCUGCAGGAGUGACGGUUUCUGCAAGGUCGGGGGAGACUGAUUGGGAAACCGCACACAAGCGUCUAGGGCAUGUGGCUAUGCCAUUGCUGCAGCAACUGCAUAAGGAAGAAGCAGUAAAGGGGCUCAAGCUUUCUGGGCAACCAAAUGAUACCAAGUGCGAGACGUGUCUGCUGAGCAAGUUCACACGGUUCCCCUUUCAUGGCGUAGCUGGGAAAAGCAAGGCAGCACUGGAACUGGUGCACAUGGACCUGGUAGGACCUUUUCCAGUCCGAGGAAGUAAGGGGGAAAGGUACUUCCUGACAAUAGUUGAUGACUGGAGUCGGCUGAUGUGGGCAUACCCGUUGAAGCAGAAGGAUCAUGCUGCCUCAACAAUACGAGAUGAUUGGCUGCCGUUCGUCGAGCGACAAUCUGGGCACCCAUGCAAGAGCAUCAGAACCGACCGAGGUGGAGGGUUUCUAGGAGGAGAUCUGACUGCGUGGCUCAAGAAACAAGGCAUUGAGCAUCAGCUAACAACGUCCUAUACCCCUCAGUCAAAUGGCGUUGCUGAGAGGGCUAAUAGGACCAUCCUGGAAACUGCGCGAGUGCUGCUGAUCGAAUCAGGGCUGGGGAACUCCAUGUGGCCUCAUGCGGUGAGGCAUGCUACAGUGGCAAGGAACCGCGUACUCACAAAGGUGGCUGAUGAUAUGUGGGUGCCGCUGGAGAGGUGGCUUGGAAAGAAGCCUCCAGUGGACAUGCUUAGAGUGUUCGGAUGCAUGGCAGUGGCGCAUGUCCCUAAACCGUACAGGACAAAGCUUGGAGCAUCUGCACUGUGGUGUGUGCACCUUGGGCUUGCGGCAGAGAGCAAGGGGUGGCUACUCUGGGAGCCCUCAAAGAAUGUGCUGUUUGACAGUCGGGAUGUCAAAUUUGUGGAGAACAUCAUGUAUGGCAAGUGGGAGAAGCAGCCGGAGGCAAGGGUCACCCAGCAGCUGGAAGAGAUCACUAUGCACUUCGAUGUGUCCGAACCUGAGGACAGCGAAGUCACUGCGCCAACGGCAAGCGGUACUGAUGAAGGAAGCAAUGAGGAUAUUGCAGCUGAUGCUGAAGUCAAGGAUCCGGAGCAGCAGCAGCAAGAGGCUUCCAAAACACCAAGUCUGCCAAAGCGAAGGAAACAGAUUGGUGGGGGGACAAAGGAUUGGGUGAAGGUGAAAGAAUGGGUAAAUCCAACCAUCUACCCUGCACGUACCAGAAUGGCAACGAGAAAGCUGCUGAGCUCCACAAAUGGAGGAGCCACAACAGAGCAGCAGGAACAGGCUCAAGGCGAAGAUGCAGUGCUGUUCUUGGGUGAUGACCAAGAGUCAGAUGACGAGGAGCCUGCAUACUGCUUUUACGCACCAAUACAACCUCCGAGCAUGGAUCAUGCGCUAGCCGGGCCUCAACGGGGGAAGUGGCUCGUUUCAAGAGAUGCAGAGUACAACAGCCAGAUGGAGAAUCACACAUGGGACCUGGUGUACUUGCCAAAUGGGAAGAAGGCAAUACAGUGCAAGUGGCUGGCAAAAAUCAAGACGGAUGAGAAAGGAGAGCCAUCAGUUUACAAGAGCAGGCUGGUGGCAAAGGGGUUUCAGCAGAAAGAGAAGGAAGAUUACAAAGAAGUGUUUGCCCCAACUGCUAAGUCUCCAACGCUACGUGUGCUGCUGGCGGUAGCUGCUGUGCGCAAAUGGAAGGUGAAGCAGAUGGACAUCGUAACCGUUUUUCUGUACGGCAUUGUGGAAGAGGAGGUGUACAUGGUUCAACCACCUGGCUAUGAGGAUGGAACCGGUCUCAUGCUGAACUGGAGGAGUUACAGAAGCAGCUUGAAGACCUCAUGGAAAGGGCUUCAUUCAACCGAGUACUUCGCCCUUUGCUGCACCCGUCCUUUUCACCAAGAAGAAAGAUGGAACAAUGCGUCUCGUCGUCAACUUCCCUGCCCUCGAUGCCAUCACGGUGAAGAGCAAGUAUCCGAUUCCAUGUGUGGACGAGCUGUUCGAGAUGGUGGGUCGCACGUCCGUUUUCAGCAAACUCGAUCUCCGCUCCGGCUACCAUCAAAUUCACGUCGCUGCCGAAGACACUCACAAGAUGGCGUUCCGUACUCAUUACGGUCACUUCGAGUACCGUGUCCUACCCUUCGGCCUCACAAACGCCCCGACAACAUUUAUGGGCCUCAUGAACGACAUCUUCCGCCCUCACAUCGAUCGUUUCGUUUUGGUGUUUCUCGACAACAUCCUCGUUUUCAGCAAAUCCAUGGAGGAACACAUCGACCAUCUCCCCAUCGUCCGCAACACCCUUCGUUAUUCGCCAAGCUUUCCAAGUGCACCUUCGCGCAACCGUCCGUCCACUUCUUGGGUCACAUCAUCUCCGGCAAAGGCAUCUCCACCAAUCCAUCAAAGAUUCAAGCUGUUGCGGAUUGGACCCGCCCCACCAAAGCCAAGGAACUCAUGAGCUUCCUCGGUUUGGCCAAAUACUACCGCCGCUUCGUCCACUGCUUCGCCACCAUCUGCGCCCCGCUCACCAACCUCCUCCGAAAGGAUUCCCUGUACACCUGGAGCACGGCCCAAGACCACGCAUUCAACACCAUCAAACAAACACUCACAACUGCCCCGACACUCGCCAUCGCCAACCCCCACCUUCCAUAUACCAUUUGGACCAAUGCUUCCGACAUUGCCAUUGGUGCAAUUCUCUUCCAAGAUCAUGGAAAUGGACUGCAAUCUCUUGCCUACGAAUUUCGGAAACUCCAAGAUGCCGAGCAAAACUACGCUACCCAUGAGCGAGAAAUGCUUGCCAUCAUCCACGCCAUCAAGAUUUGGCACUGUUACGUGGAGAUGCAAGACGUUACGGUGUACACAGAUCAUUGCACCCGGCAGCACCUUCUAACGCAGCCGAACCUCUCUCGUCGUCAAGUCCGGUGGCUGGAGUUUCUUGAACAAUACGUGCCUACUCUGAAGAUCAAAUACCGCCCUGGCUGGACGAACCCGGCUGAUCCGCUCUCUUGCAUUCCAGAAACUCCUACUACCAUGAUGUGCUUGGAUUGUGCAUGACAUCGAGCACAUUCCAACGAGC